AAAAGAGAGCCAAACCAAUUAGAGCAACAUGAUGAGAGUGGAAAAACUCUCCGUGGCGAAUAGUUUCGUUAACAACACAUGCAACAAAUUUGAGGAGGAGUUCAUCAAAGUAUGCAUCGACGUGAUAGAUUCAGAUCCUCACCAAGACUUGAAACUAAACUUAUCAGGACUUCUAGCCAUAUUUAUAAAUCAUUCUAUCGAUAAUGCCACUGAUAAUCAUUUGUAUCUUAUGGAGCAGCUCAAAAGGUCCGAUUUAGACAAAGAUAUACGGUACACUUUUAACGUAUGCGUAGAGCAAUAUGAACGGGGCCUAGAUAUUCUGAAAUCAUCGUUAGAAGCUUUGUUAAAGAACGACAAAGAUGAUUUGGGUUUGAUUUUGAGUGAUGCGUUUGAUAAGAUCGUAGCAUGUGAAGAUGAUUUUGAGUCUACGCCAGAACCGCCAUCUUGGUUGGCUCAUUACCUUCCCUUACGUAAACUUUUGGCACUUUCAAUGGGGACGGCAAAUCUUAUACAAUGUAAGAAAGUAGCUGCAUGUAUUCCGUAA